AUGAAAUUCCUCAUCCUUUCCUUGUUGUUCGCCACUCUUCUCUUUUCCAGCACUCUCGUGUUGGCAAGUGACAGCGAACGUGAUCUCACUGCUUCCGAAUUGAGAGAAAUCAUGACAGGUCUCUCUGAAUCCAAAGCUCGCGAAUAUGUUGGACCUUUAAAUGAAGCCAUGAGAAGUGCUGGAAUUAACACUCCAGCUCGUCAAGCUGCUUUUUUGGCUCAAUUAGGACAUGAAUCUGGAAAUUUGAGAUGGUUCAGAGAAUUUGCUAGUGGAAAAGCCUAUGAAGGAAGAAGAGAUCUUGGAAACACUCAACCAGGUGAUGAUGUGAGAUAUAAGGGAAGAGGUCCAAUUCAAAUUACUGGACGUGCAAACUAUCGUGCUGCUGGUAAAGCUUUGGGCGUUGAUUUAGAGAACAAUCCACAACUUGCUGAGGAUCCACGUAUUGGUUUCCGAACUGCUGCUUGGUUUUGGAAUUCUCGUAAUUUGAAUCAAUAUGCUGACAGACAAUCUCAAGAUGCAUUUGAUGUCAUUACUCGAAGAAUUAACGGAGGUUACAAUGGAAAGGCUGACAGAGAUGCUAAAUACAGAGCUGCUCAACGUAUUUUGGGAAGAAAUGGACUAAAUGAUACUCCUUCUCAACAACCAACGACUCCAGUUGAAAGACCAUCAACAAGACCAGUUGAAAGACCAACCAGACCAACUCGUCCAUCGAGACCUAUUAGACCAACCAGACCAACUCGUCCUUAUCGACCAACAAGACCAACAAGACCCUACAGACCUACUCGUCCUUAUCGACCUAAUAGACCAACAAGACCUACUCGUCCAACAAGACCCUACAGACCAACAAGACCAUACAGACCAUCGAGACCAACUCGUCCUUACAGACCUUACAGACCUUCUAGACCAUACAGACCAACUCGCCCUUCAAGACCAUACAGACCAUCUUAUUCAAGACCAUCUUACAGACCAUCGUAUAGACCAUCUUAUAGACCAUCAAGAUCAAGCUACUCUAGACCAUCUUAUUCAAGACCAUCUUACAGACCAUCCUACAGAGGAAGAAGAUAA